UAGUGAAAGGGGUCCGCAUCCAAAGCGGUGCAAUCGUCGAGUGCCUCCCCCCAGCCUCAUCCCUGAGUUCCCCUGGGCCUAGGCAGGGCCUAUAAAAGCAUACCGCGUUGCCCCUCAAACACGUAGUGUUGUCCGCGUAGCGAGCAAAGAAAAACUCUCAUCACACACCAUGAAGUUCUUUAUUGUUUUAUUCGCCGUUGUAGCGGCCGUCAGUGCUGGAUAUAUCAGCCAUCAUGAGCCAAUCGUGGAGCCCUGGGUGGCUCCUGUGGUCCACGCUGCUCCGGUGGUGCACGCGCCCCUUCCCUGGGUCGCGCCUGCACCGAAAUACAUCAAGGUCACCGCUCCAUCGUACGCCAAGGAGAUUCACCACGUGCUCACCAUUCCCCAGCAUACCCCCAUUCCACCACCGCACCCGAAGCCUUUGUCAAUCAAGGGAUACGACCAUGUCAACAAAAUACAUUAUGACUCUCCGCAUGUCCCGCAUCCACAUCUCGUCGGUGUCGAGCAUUACGUGCCUGCUCCGGAACCCGAAAUCUCCGUCGUCAAGACUGGACACGGCUGGCACUAAGAUCUCCGUACGACACGAUGCCGUCAAACUCAUCCAUCCAGAGCGGUCCAUAUCGAAUUUCAGUAAUCAUUUCAAGAUCUAAUAAUCGUAACAAUGACAGCAGACAAUUUUGUCGAUGACAUAUAAAUAUGACUUUUUAUGUACAUUCUUCCCUCCCUUACCUCUUUUCCAAUUAUGUCGAUUUAAAUAAAUAGAAGCAAACGGCAAGAAUCAUGUCGCGAGAAUUAUCAAAAUCUUCGAGGCUUUCAGGAACCUCGCGGGAGAUGAAAAAUCGUGGACUGCUCGCGGAUCGCAAGGCACCCAAACUCGAAAAAAAAUAUAUUUGAUUUUGAUUUUAUCUUAGAAUUACAUAUGAUACGUUUCACACAAAUACAUGGACAACCGUGUCUAUUCUUUUCUUUAUUUCCGUCUCAAUAUUGAAAAAUUUCCCAUGCGGCAAUUGCGAUACUGAAGAAGACAUCGCAAAAAAGAAGAGAAAGCGUUUCUCCUUCCGUCCCUCUUGUCCCGCUUCCCGUUCAAUUAUUUUUUCAUUUGUAACAAGAUUUUAAUUUAUUUUCUAAUAAAGAUUGACCUUAUCUCUUUGAUAAAUCAGGAA